UACGGCAGAGCGCCAGAGUCUAGCAAGCAAAGCUAGACGAAGUAUACGAGUAAAUGAAGAGAGAAUGGGAAAGAAGCCUGAUAUUAUGGUAGAUGAUGACGUAAAAUUAUGGAGAGAAACAUUAGAUGGGAUGAGCUUUAUAGGUUCAUCAUGUAGACCAGUCAGAAACCAAUUUGGCAUCGUAGGGCUCCAGAUUGCCGGUACGGACUUGCGUCUCAAUGUUCUGCUAAACGACUUGGGUG